AUGUACGAGAAUUCGUGUUCGUAUCAGACGGCGCUGGACUUGAAGCGCGUGUCGCCGCCGACGCUGGCCCAGGUGAAAACGGAGGACUGUCUGACGUUGGGCCAAUGCUCGCCGGACUGGACCUCGUACCGGUUCCAUCAGUCCACAUUCGAGCAGCUGAAGCAGAGCGUCGAGAAGGCCAAGGCGGCGCUGCAGGAUCGCAGCAGUUUCUUUGGCGCCAGCAGCGCCUUCAGCGACAUCUACUCCAGCCAGCGGCUGACCGACACGCUGGACACACUGCCCGCCAUGCAGAAUGGCACGGGCGCCGGUAAUUGCCUCGGCCUCACGCACAAUGCGGGCGCCGGCGUGGGCGUUGGAGUGGGCGUCGGAGUGGGCGUGGGCGUGCUCAAUUAUAACACGGUGAGCAGCAGCAGCGCCGGCGUCCUGGGCGGCAGCGUGCAGCGGCAUCGCCUGGACACACUGCAGCCGCCAUCGGGCUGCUCGCCCGCCGGCACACAGCACGGCGUCAUCACGUCCAGCGCGGGCCAUGUGCCGGCUGCCUCGUUGGAUGCGGUCAGCUCGCCCUCGGUGCUGCCGUCGCUAUCAGCGUCCACCACCUCGCACGUGGAGCACAAAGUUCGAACAGAGAAAUCCACGCUGGAUUGCGCCACAACGUCCUCGCAUGCCGCCGUCGCCUCGUCCUCCACGGCAGCCGCGUCCGCGUCCAGCAGCGAGCUGGGCAGGCACAGCGUCGGCAAAAGCAACGCCAGCAGCAGCACCGGAGGUGGCCGGUCUAAGGAGGGUGGAGGGGGGGCUGCAAUUUAUUCCUCGUACAAAUCGUCGUGGGGCUCGCACAGCUCCACACAAUCGCAAGGCUACAGCUCGAAUGCGUUGAGUAUUAAACAUGAUCCGCACACACAACUACGGCAACCUGAUCCAUAUCAAAUGUUCGGACCCACCAGCAGCAGGCUGGCCAGCUCAGGCUCGGGACAGAUACAAUUAUGGCAGUUCCUGCUCGAGCUGCUGUCGGACUCCAACAAUGCCAGCUGCAUUACCUGGGAGGGCACCAACGGCGAGUUCAAGCUAACCGAUCCCGAUGAGGUAGCCCGCCGCUGGGGCGAGCGCAAAUCCAAGCCCAACAUGAACUACGACAAGCUGAGUCGCGCCUUAAGAUAUUAUUAUGACAAGAACAUCAUGACCAAGGUGCAUGGCAAGCGCUAUGCGUACAAAUUCGAUUUCCAGGGCCUGGCGGCGGCCACACAGCCGGCGGCCAGCGAUCCCACCUACAAGUAUCAGAGCGAUCUGUUCAUGACGCCAUAUCAUCACAGCGCCAAGCUCAGCUCGUUUAUGAGUCCGCAUCACGGCAUGACCUCGUCCUCAGCCUCCAUAUUUCCGACGGCCGCCUCGUGGGGCAACUGGGGCAGUCCGGCUACAAAUCUGUAUCAGCCGCACUCGAUGAGCCAUGUGACGCCCUCGCAUGUGGCGCCGCAUCUCAGCUCCUAUCCGCACUACGCAUGACCAUCAUAAUAUGAGAGCA